AUGCCUGCAGUCGUUGAGCCAUCCGAAAACUCCUCUCUGGAGCCGAUUGCCAUUGUGGGUAUGGCAUGUCGACUUCCAGGCUCUGUGAAUUCGCCUUCUGGAUUUUGGGAACUGCUCUGCAAGAACCAAUCCGUUCGGACCCCUAGAGUGCCCGGCAAUCGCUUCAACAUCGAUGCCCAUUACCAUCCUGACCUAGGCCGUCCUGGAAGUUUCAAUUCCCUUGGCGGUUACUUCCUGGAUGGGAACUUGGAGGAUUUCGAUCCAACAUUCUUCAACAUGACACCUGUGGAGGCCAUGUGGUUGGACCCCCAGCAACGGAAGAUGCUUGAGGUUUCCUACGAAUGCCUUGAGAACGCUGGAUUGACCCUUGAUGAUGUGUCUGGUACGAAUACCGCUGUAUUCGUGGGUUGCUUUACCAGUGACUAUCAACAAAUGUCAACCUCUGAUCCGGACUUCCGUCAUAAUUAUUGUGCGACUGGCGUUGACGUCGGAGUCAUGAGCAACCGAAUUGGGAACACUUUUAAUCUCAAUGGCCCCAGUUUUACUAUCAACACAGCCUGUUCGUCGUCGGUAUACGCCAUUCAUAACGCGUGCAAUGCGCUACGUGCUGGAGACUGUGUCGCCGCGAUUGCUGGUGGAGUAAACCUGAUUCUUACGGUCGACCAGCAUAUCAAUACUGCCAAACUGGGAGUUCUAUCCGAUACGUCGACGUGCCAUACGUUCGACGCAUCAGCGGAUGGUUAUGGUCGAGCAGAAGGUGCAGGCGCUCUCUACCUGAAACGCCUGUCAGAUGCAAUGAGAGACGGAGAUGUUAUCCGCGGUGUGAUCCGAUCGUCGGCAGUGAACACCAACGGUAAAGUCGAAGGAAUGGGUAUCACAUUCCCCAGUGUCGCCGGUCAGGAGCGUGCCAUCCGCACUGCUUACAAAAGAGCUAGUCUUGACCCAGACAGGACCGCUUAUUUCGAAUGUCACGGUACGGGAACGCCAGUGGGUGACCCCAUCGAGGUUCGUGCUGUGUCCAACGCCAUGAACGAAACCCGCAGUCGGGACAAGCCUUUGCUCUUAGGCGCUGUAAAGACCAAUAUAGGUCACAGCGAGGCUGCCAGUGGGAUAUUUGCUGUCAUGAAGGCCGCCAUGGCAACUGAAGCUGGGCUAAUUCCAGCGGUGCAUGGUUUCAACACUCUAAAUCCAGAGAUUAAAGACAAGGAAUGGAACGUGAAAGUCACGACCAACCUCACGCCGUGGCCCGAAGAUUUUGACAUCCGAAGGGCUUCCGUGUCGUCUUUUGGAUAUGGAGGGACCAACGGUCAUGUUAUCAUCGAAAGCAUCGACACCGUUUGUCCCUGGUACGAACAUGCCCAACCCAAAGAAAUCUCUGACUACCGAUACGAGGUCUCCAGACCGUUGCUCAUCGGCAUGAGCGCACAUGAUAAGCCAACCCUCACACGGAACAUCAAGGCGCAUCAGAAUGUGGUCGAUAAGUACCAUCUGCCCGAUCUAGCGUACACACUCAAUUCACGGCGAACCCGAUUUGCACACCGGGGCUACACUCUUAUUUCCGAGGGCCAGGAAGUUGUAUCUUUUGAUAUUGACUCUUUCCACUUUGGCAUCUCAGGUAAGCCCGGAGAUAUUGGGUUUGUCUUCACAGGUCAAGGAGCGCAGUGGGCACGUAUGGGAUAUGAAGCCAUGCAUAUAUUCCCGCAAUUCCGAAAGACCAUCGAUGCCUUGGACGACGUGUUGCAUUCCCUAGUUGAGCCCAAACCCUCCUGGACAUUGAGAAAUAUCCUCGAAGCAAGUAAAGAGGUGAGUCGGGUGAAUGAGGCUGAGAUUUCCCAGCCAGUGUGCACAGCCAUUCAAAUUGCCAUCGUCGAUCUGUUCGCCUCAUGGGGGAUUGAGCCAGCUGUCACCCUUGGUCACUCUUCCGGCGAGAUUGGCGCUGCCUAUGCCGCUGGUCGCUUGUCUGCACCGGAGGCUAUCCUAGCUGCUUUCUUCCGUGGAUUUGCUGUCAAGGAGGCAGCGCCAGCAGGGACUAUGCUUGCCGUCGGGAUUGGUGCUAUCGAUGUCGAGGAGCAUAUCCCGAAAUUCGUCUCUCAGGAGGUCACUAUUGCAUGCGAAAAUUCCCCCAGCAGUGUCACUCUCAGUGGCACGGCAACCGGAAUUUUCGCAGUGAAGGCCGAACUAGAUGCAGCAGGCAUCUUUGCUCGCGAACUGAGAACCGGCAAGGCCUACCACUCCUCCCAGAUGGAUGCCGUGGCUCCGGAAUACGAGAGACUUUUCUCUGGCGCAUCAAGCCGGAUGAGACCGUCCGAUCUGACCUGGCGCCGCCCUAAGGCCGCUAUGAUUUCCUCAGUGACUGGAACUGAAUACCUUGGAGACGAUGUGCCGAUUUCGUACCUCGGCGACAAUCUUAGAAGCCGCGUACUAUUUGAAUCGGCCGUAACUACCCUUGGUAGUUCCGAAAGGUUUUCCGCCGUCAAUCUCCUGGUUGAAAUUGGUCCACACUCUGCACUGGGUGGUCCCAUCAAGCAGACUUGUGCUGUCAAGGGAUUUGGCCAUCUAGGCUAUACACCGUCCUUGCUGCGUGGUGCCGACAGUGCCAGUUCGCUACUCAAGACUGCCGGAGAAGUGUUUAACAAGGGAUAUGUGAAUCUCGAUUUCAAGGCCAUCAAUCAAAUCGAGAGCUCUGGAUCGCACCGUAGCUCGAAGAAGCAUGAUGCGCCUCGGUAUAUUCCCGACCUUCCUCCAUACCAAUGGAACUACGACAAUACAUUCUGGUAUGAACCACGACCAGCCCAGGAACGCCGACAGCACAAGUAUGAAAGACACGAUAUUCUAGGCAGGAGACUGUUCGGUCUCUCGGAGAACGCAGCGGCUUGGAAGAAUAUCCUACGUCAGCGAGAUGUCCCAUGGAUGGAACACCACACUCUGGGAGAUGCGGUUGUGUUCCCUGGCGCUGGACACCUGUCGCUGGCAAUUGAAGCUUACCUACAGCUGCUUGAUAAGGAUCAGGAAAACCUGGCAGGCGUCGAAAUCCGGGACGUGAACAUCGGUAAAGCGCUAAUCGUCCCGGACAAUGACGAUGGAAUUGAGAUCCAAACACGCCUCCACCGGAGCUCUAGGGAUGAGGGAAAUAGGAUAUUCUACGAAUUCUCUGUGGAGUCGAUUGAGAACGGGACAUGGACUAUUCACUCCGAGGGGAAGAUUUGCGGAAUCCUAAACGAGGAGGAUGACCGGCCAGCCACUCAUGAAUUCGUAUCGCCACUGAGCUUGGACAAUCUUCACCAACGCACUCAAGCAAAGAGAUUUUACGACGCCUUCCAUCGGGUCGGGUUUAAAUAUGGGUCGUCAUUCCAGACCCUCCAAUCUGUGAGGGCAAAUGGCAAAGACCGUGUCACAGCUGCGAACAUCAACGUCCAAACCAACUGCGGACUGAUGCCUCAGGAGUCGCGAUACUUGUUGCAUCCGUCUACCAUUGAUGGCUGUCUCCAUCUAAUCAUUGCGUCGAUUCACCGCGGUAUGCACAAGGGAAUGCCGUGGGCGGUCGUACCGCUUGAUAUCGACCAGAUCUCCCUUUUCUUUCCCGGUGCCGACAACGCCUUGGAGGGGAGCGCCGUUGCGUGGACAGACCGACACUGGAGUGGGCGGUAUUUCAAUCACGGCACUCAGCUUCGAGGUGCAUCGGGGAAGCUGCUGAUGGAUAUGCGGAAUAUCAAGUCAAUCAAAUACGACGCCGUCAUUGCCGGUCUUGCGCCUCCGCGCCAGGCAUAUUCCCAAGUUUCAUGGAAGCCCUACGUGACGGACGUAUCUAGUUCGGAGUCAAGCAGCGUGCAUUCGGAUGAGGUGCUGAUAGAUGGGCCGAUCGUGAUUAUUUCCGGCCAAGGGUCCGAUUCCCGAUCCUUGAGAGGGGAGCUUGAUCCCGUCAGUGCUUCCCUUGCGUUUGAUAUCGAGGAUACCAAUCUCGCACCGGGAAUCGCCGACACAGAGAAUAUCAUUGUCGAUGAUAGAGCCGGAACAAUCCUUUCACAAGCAUCGAAACAAGCUUUUGAUAAUAUCAAACUCAUCUUGUGCUCAAGGAAGUCGAUUGUUUGGGUCACACGAGGCGUUAACCAAGGCAACUCCGUGGCCGGAGGCAUGGCACAGGGGUUCCUCCGAGCAGUGCGAUCUGAGGUCAUCGAGGCUCGAGUCACCCUUUUGGAUGUCGACGAGGGGGUUGCUGCUUUCCAGAUUGUUUCGACAAUCUUAGAAAGGUUGGCAAACAACGCCACGAAAGACUCUGGCCGUGACGUGGAAUUUUGGCUGCGGCCGGACCGACUCAACGUACCACGGAUCGUUCCCAAUGAUGAGUUGAAUGACCUCUUCUUCAAAGAUGCUAAGAGCGUAAUAACGCCAGUGACUCUCGGGAAGCGUUACAGCGGCAAUGUCAUCGGUAACGAGGUUGUCUUUGAAGCCAGUGAUACAAAUGACCAGCUCGCGCCUAACGAAGCUGAAAUUCAAGUGCAGUUCACGGAGCUCACCACGGAUGACCUCAAACCAUAUCAAGACAGAUGGCGCAUUGUCAUUGGCAAUGUUCAGCGUACGGGGCAGGAACUUGAUCCGUCGCUAGUUGGACAGGAGGUCGUCGCAUACAGCCCCAAGCCUUUCGAGACCAGAGUCAGAUCCAGCGCAUUUGUGAAAGCGGAUGGUCAACUCAACAUCGCUGUGCUUGCUUCUACACUACCGACGCUUUGUAGAGCGAUUGAUGCAGUUCUCGACACCGGAAACGCCAAGCCAGGAGAUCGUGUGCUUUUACUGGCGGCAACUCCAGGUUUCGUUAAUGCUGUCACCAAGCUCGGUCGACUUAUGGGACUGGAGGUCACAGUUGCAGAUAAUUUGUCGAGCAUCCAAGGUCUUAUAUCUUCCUCGAAAGCGCCUAACCUUGUCGUCGGGUGCUCCGCAUCCACCUUGGUGCAGGAGGCCUGGCGCUGUAUGCCUUCGGGCAGUAAGUUUGUUCUCACCGAUGCACCGGUAGACUGGCCUCUUGAUCCAAAGCCAUUUACUCGGGGAGUGUCAUUCCUUACCUGCGGUACUCGGAGCCUGGCUGAAAGCAACCCGCUCCGUGCUGUCAAUGUUCUGGAAAGAGCUGUUGAGCUCAUUGUCCUGAACCGGGGAUUCAGCCAGGUUCCCGCCAUCGUGGACGCCGAGCGACUCCAAGAUGUCUCAAGUCUGACUGGCAAGAAAGUGGCGCUUGAGCACGGUGUUCUCCAGUUUGCAUAUGGGAGGAGCAAAAUUACAUCCAUAGAACCCAGGAAGGAAAUUUCUUUUUCCUCGUCGAGUGCCUAUCUCCUCGUUGGCUGUCUUGGUGGCCUGGGGCGAAGCCUUACACGAUGGAUGUUCGAAAGGGGGUGCAGAAACUUCGUCUUCCUCUCCCGAUCUGGUACCGACAAGCCCGAAGCUGCUGAAGUGGUAAGGCAGCUGGUGACGAAGGGUGCCUCGGUACAGGUAUUCCGAGUGGAUGCCGGUGAUGAAUACGCUGUGGCGGAGGUCGUCACCACGGUAGAAGCUGCGAUCCCCAUCCGAGGGGUUGUCCACGCCGCCAUGGUCCUUCAGGACGGCAUGUUUGAAGGUCUGACCUACAAGAGUUACACCACCAGUGUCAACCCCAAGAUGAAUGGGGCGAUUUCGCUACACAAGGCGCUAUCUGAUACGGCGCUAGACUUCUUCGUCAUGACUAGCUCCAUCUCCGCCGUGCUCGGUAACCCAGGUCAAGCCAGUUACUGUGCAGGAAACAGUUAUCUCGACUCACUGGCGUGGUACCGACGCAGCCAUGGCUUAGCCGCGUCUUCCAUCGCACUACCCAUGGUGUACGAUGUUGGUGUCGUGGCGGAGAACGCAGACAUCGAAGUGUCCUUGAGCCGCAAAGGUCUCUACGGCAUCGAUGAACGCGAGAUGCUGCAAGCCUUUGAGGCAGCCAUGCUGCAGGGACCGCUUUCAUCAAAUGAAGAGGCACGUCUUGGGGAAGCCCAGAUUUUGCUUGGUCUCGAGGCGGUUUCGCUGGCCGCGGCUAUGACCUCGGCCGACACGACCGAUGCAUACUGGGCGAACGACUCCCGGCUGGCCGAUAUCCGCAGCACGGUCGACACGCUCACGAGUCACAGCAAGGACCACAAACAAGGGGCCGGGUUCCUCGAGACCUUGGCUGGCAAAUCACCCGACGAGGCUGUGGAAGCGGUGGCACAGCACAUUAUCGCACAGUGCGCCAAGAUCCUUCUACUACCGAUCGAGAAAUUUGAAACGCGCGGAAGCUCAAUCGCAUCCUACGGGGUGGAUUCGAUGAUCGGGGUGGAGUUGCGUACUUGGCUAUAUAAGGAGCUCGGGCUGGAAGUUGGAUUCCAGGCUUUGCUGGGAGCGACGAUGGAUUUCGAAAAGCUCGCUCAGUUGGCGCGAUUCACCUAG